UUAUUGUAAAAAUCGUAAUUAUUAAUGAAACGAAUCGGAUGAUUUAAUCGCGUGAUGCCGCGAUUUUCAGUAAUUAAUUAAACGUAAUUGAUGGCGGAUCGAAGCGAUUAAGUUUUACUUCUGUUUCGGUGUCGGCGUUAUAAAAAGGAGGAGGAAAUUGCGCAUACUGGUAGUUCCUGUUUCCCAUCGCCAGGUGUCGGCAUCUUCAGAGAGUGAAGUAAGAGGAAGAGAAGAAGAUGGUGGCCGAUCAUUUCUCUUGCGAAUGUGAAGCCGUCGAUUGGAACAGUGAAGAGGAGGAACUGGGAAACAAUAAACUGGAAACGAACGGGUACAAGCUGAGAACGGUAUUCGAUGUCGUCAAAACUGGGACGCUAGCGGCAAUAGUUUUUGUUGUAAAAAAGUAUGGAGUUCACAUUUUAAGUGAAAGAGAUGAUCAGGGCCACACACCUAUUCAUUGGGCAUGUUUGGGAGGAUUUUAUGACAUAGUGUCUUAUAUGGUAGAACAAGGAGUGGAUGUCGAUGUUCCAAGCUAUAGUCCACAAGGAUCACAUCCCAUCCAUUGGGCCUGUGCUAAAGGUCAUAUUUCUGUUGUAGAUAUUUUGCUUCAGGCUAAAGUGUCUGUUGAUGUCUGUGAUGCUAGAGGUCGUAGUCCUCUCAUUAUUGCCAGUCAGCAUGGUUACAUUCAUCUGGUUGGUUAUCUUCUGGGUCGAGGAGCAAACAGACAUUUAUGUGAUAACAAUGGUGAUACUGCAUUGCACUGGGCUGCAUACAAAGGAUUUCCAGAAAUUAUGAGAUUAUUAAUCUAUUCUGGAUGUAAUCCCGAACAACAAGACAGUUAUGGUCAAACGCCAUUACACCUCGCAUGCCUUAAUGGUAAUUACAUUGUUGUCCAAGAUCUUUGUGAAAAGGAUAAAGUGAAGAUAGAAGUUUCGGACAAAGAGGGUCGAACUCCCCUGAUCCUCGCCGAAAUAAAACGGCAUUCUGACGUCAUUGAUUAUUUGGAAAAUGAAUUAAGACUGCGUAGAAGAUUAUUUCCGCGAUUCAAUAUUUGGCAGCUUGCUUUUGGUCCUGCUGGAAAGAGUAAAGGUCCCCUUCUCUUCUUCUUGUGUUCUCUUCUCUUCUGGGGCUACCCCAUGUAUCUCCUUCGGUGCGUGCCUUUGACUUGGGACGACAUACCUCUGAUUCAUUGGUUUUUCAUUGUGACCAAUACUGUAAUGUGGCUGAGCAUGGUUGUAGCCCACACGCGGAAUCCCGGUUAUCUGAAACAGAAUACGGACGAGUACCAUUACGCCAUUCGUCAGAUGGCCCAUUUUGAUAAAUGGAAGGAGAGACAAAGUCCCAUGACACGUUUGUGUCACACAUGCCGUACGGUACGUCCACUGAGAGCCAAACACUGUCGAAUAUGCAAUCGGUGCGUAAUUCAUUUCGAUCACCACUGUCCUUACAUAUACAAUUGCGUAGGGCUUUACAACAGGGUGUGGUUUCUCAUAUUUUGCUCCUGUGUUGCUAUUAAUUGUACAGUUACGGUAUAUUUUGCCUUUGUGUGCAUUAUAAAAGAAGGCUGGUUGUAUUGCUACAUAGCUGGACUUUUAGAAGCCAUAAUGUUCUGUGGUCUGGGAUGGAUGCUGACGGGUAGCACUUUACUGUACGCUGCAUACAAUCUGACAACCAACGAAGCCUUCAAUUACAAACGAUACGGGUAUCUAAUGGAUAGCAAAGGACAUUACCAUAACCCCUUCAGUCGUGGAUUGUUGGAAAACUUUAAAGAAUAUUUUCAUUGCACUAGGAUUUGGGACGUCAACGACAUUGAGCUCAAAAAAGAAGAAGUGGUAUAAAAAUAAGUCCAAGUAUAAUUUAAACUACAUGUGCCUAGUUUUGAGAAAUUAGCACUCGAAUAGUUCAAAAUCUGUCAGGAUGAAUGCAGAUUUAUAGCUAUGCAGGAUCGAAUAAACCCUAGGAAAAACAAUAGAACAAUAGGGUUAGUUAAAUUAAAUAGAAUAAAAUCUCUCCUAGAAGUAUUAAAGUAGAAAGUGAUCUGUUUACAUAUCCUUAAAUCAGCCCUCCCCUAAAAGAUAGCUAGCAAUUUAUUCAGGGUAAAAAAAAAACUUAGAAUUAUUCUCAUUUUUAUGCAAAUGUAGAGAUGAACUAGAAAAUUAUGUUAGUUGCUUUUAGACAUGAAAGUGCCUCAGAAGUAAUUAAAAAGAAUGGGAAAUUCGGACCCAUCACCGCGAGGCCUCUACUUUAUCGACAAUAGGAACGCUUAAUUCCUUUUUGGCAAUAAUCAAACGAUUACCUUAUCCGGUGAAACGGAUAAACAUUUUAAUACUUUUAUUAAUAAAUCUGCAAAAUAUCAUAAUUGGGUAGCUAAAACUGCACUCUCUUCAAAUUAUAUUUUAAAUAUUUAAUUGAAAAAAAUAAUCUUUUCUUAGAGAAACACUAUUCAAAAAAAAUAUACUAGUUCAUUUUUCCUCUUUCCAUUAUUUUUAGACUUUUACACGGUAUCAAGAAAGAACUAUGCACCAAAAUUGCUUAACGCACGAUAAUUCUGCCAGAGAAACAUUAAUUUGCUAGACGUUCGUAUUAGACGUCGCCUAACGAAUCGAAUGCUCAUUCGAAAAUCAUAUCAUAUAUAUAUAUAUAAAUUAUAUAUGUAUAUAUAUAUAAAAGAAAAGUUACAAAGAACUCGGGAACAUGUUUACUUAAGUAACAAACCUUUCUAACAUUCCAAACUAAAAAAUAGCAUUUAAUUGAACGUAUAUUCAAAAAAUAAUAUAUAUAUGUGUAUAUAUCAGACAAUCUGAAACGAUUGUUAACAAGUACAAUGAGGUAUACAGUUUCUCAAUUGUCCACAUUAUACGACAGGACCAUCGAGUUCCGUUUACAGCAACUUCAGUCUACCAUCCAGAAACCGCUCGAAAAUGUCCAGUUCCUGUUUUAUUACUCGUGUGUUACGUGUACGUAUCCGUACCGCGUAUAUGUAUAUGUGUAUGUAUAUAUAUAUAUAUAUAUAUAUAUAUACAUAUAUAAAGAUAUAUGUAUACAAGGUACAGUACAUAGCAUAUAUUUAACGCCGUUACGGUCGCCAGUUCGUUUUGUGAUAUCAAAUGCUAUAUUUUACACCAAAGACGCAAUAAGUGACGAGGUUUAAAGCUUCAUAUUGAUGAUUUCAAUAGAUUUAAAUUUUGUAAGAUCACUUUUAUAGCUUCAAAGUUGAUUCUUUUGUACCAUGUUAGAAAAAUGUAACGUCCAACAUCAUUCGUCACAAUUCAGGAAAUGUAGGAAACACACGAAGUAAUUUCCUGUUAAGAAUUUUUAUAGGAAAAAAAUUAUAUAUCUAUAUAUCGAAGCUUAUUAGGAAAAAAAAGGAAUUGUUUUGUUGUAUAGUAGUCUUCCAGUUUAGAGAUUUUUCACAAAUUUUAUUAAAAUUGUUAAUAUAGUUGCCUGUAUCGAAAGAAAAUUGGCAAUAAAAAUUUGAAAGAAACGUUUCCGUUGACUUAUUUCGUGUCAUUAGCAUUUACAAUUUUUUUUAAUGAAAUUCGCCCUCUACCCUCAAAAUUAAGCUUUUUGCCAUUUUAUAAUAAUAAAUUAUAUAAAAUACUAUAACAGAUGGCGCCACGUGUAAUUUUAAAUAUUGCCGGGAAAGUUAAGCAACUCGUUGCUGGAUUGUUUUCUAUCACUGUAUAAAGUAUUGAGUGCAAGAUUAAAACGAAUAUUUUACAUUUUAGGAGUAAACAUUUUAAGGCACAUCCAUCCAUUCGGUAUUCGAACUGUUUGUCACUCGGCAGCACACACUACAUAUUCGAUUAUUUGACUAAAAUAGCAAUAAUGAUGAUUUUAAAACAUCGGAUAACCGUAAAGAAUAAAAAAAAUGCAUUAUUAGCAUAGUAUAUUAGCAUAUCC